GGAAGGUUUGGGGAGGAGGAACCACGAGGACCGUGACAGGCUAGAGCUUAUUGCUCGUCCAGGGAACACAUUCUUACUGAUAUUCCCCGGUUUAAGAGCCCUUGCUGAUAAUCUCUUUCUACAGGAUAAAAUUUUUCUUCAAUUCCCACAAUCUCAGUGUUGUUUCCCACACAGGCCCACCGAAUUGUCUGCAAACAAGCUUCUUGUCAUUUCUUAUGUCUGGUCAUGUUUACAGCACUGCCUGCAAAAAAACUUCAAAAUUCCUAGAUACAGUCCAAAUUUAACUGGUUUCCAAUCAAAUCAGUCGUUCUUAAUGAAUGUAAAACAAUUUUUAUUUCGUUUUUUACAACCUUAAUUUGUUUCUGGCUGUUUUUCUUGAAGUUUGAAAGAAACCACACUGUAAUUGGAAACAUAAGCUUAAAAAAUGGGCGUUGGGAAGUGGUUUUUGCAGUUAAAAAUAAUUUUAAUGUUACCAAAAAUUAUUUUCUACAGGAUCCCUCUAAACAAUCCCUUUAGUUAACGCGUUUGAUAUAUGUCUGUUUCACGUAAUAUCUUUACUGAGAAAAGUGACUACUGUGCCGUUUAUCUCAUGAUUCCCAGAUUAUAAUUCUUUGAAGGAAAGGAUGUGCCAUCUUUUUCUUUUGUAUCCUCCUUUGUAUACCAGACCCUGAAUGUAAUUCCAGGUACUGCAGAUUUGGACUCCCUUUCCCCCUCUGAUUACCCUCCCCUUAUUUAUGUUCAGGGGAGAGAUCAAGCCCAGAAAGAAAGCCACUCCAGGGUCUCCCGGCUAUUUCAGAGAAGUUAUUUUGUUCUACUUGUGACCAGACCUUCCACGACCACCAGGAACAGAGGGAACAUUAUAAGCUUGACUGGCAUCGGUUUAACCUAAAGCAACGUCUCAAGGACAAGCCUCUCCUGUCUGCCUUGGAUUUUGAAAAGCAGAGCUCCACAGGUGAUGGCCGGAGAUCUUUCCAGCAUCUCAGGAUCAGAGGACUCAGACUCAGCCAGUGAGGAUGGCUUGCAGAUACCGGAUGAGGAGAGGGCUGGGUUUGAGAAGCCCAGCAGACCCCAAGGCUUCCACCCUCAUCGGGUUCUUUUCCAGAACGCUCAGGGCCAGUUUCUUUAUGCCUAUCGCUGUGUGCUAGGCCCUCGCCAGGUGCCCCAAGAAGAACCCGAACUACUCCUACACAACCUGCAAAACGGAAGUCCCAGACACUGUGUGGUGCUCAUGGCUGCAGCUGGGCACUUUGCUGGAGCCAUUUUCCAAGGAAGAGACGUGGUGACCCACAAAACCUUUCACCGCUACACAGUGCGGGCCAAGCGGGGCACAGCCCAGGGAAUUCGGGACGCCCGGGGUGGGGCUUCUCGCUCUGCCGGAGCCAACCUGAGGCGCUAUAAUGAAGCCACAUUAUACAAGGAUGUUCGUGACCUGCUGGCAGGGCCAGUCUGGGCCAAAGCGCUGGGGGAGGCUGGGACAAUACUGCUGCGUGCUCCCCGCUCUGGCCGGUCCCUGUUCUUCGGAGGCCAUGGGGCACCCCUGCAACGGGGGGAUCCCCGACUUUGGGAUAUCCCCCUCGCUACCCGCAGACCCACCUUCCGAGAGCUACAGCAUGUGCUCCAUAAGCUGACCACCUUGCACGUCCACGGAGAGGACCCCCGGGAGGCAGACAGGUUGGACUCACCUCAGACACACUGGAAGAAGAGAGAGGGGAAGAAGGCUACCGAGGCAGAAAGAAAGGUCUCCAGUGAUGAAAAUGAGGCACUUGGGCAGAAUGAGGAAUCUUCCAAACAGGGUUUGAGUCCCAUCUGGCAGCUGUCAACUCUCUCUCUGGGUUCAGGGUCGGAGGGAGAGGACAGCCCCCAGGUAGAAUUGGAGCUAGUAGAGUUGACAGUGGGGACCCUGGAUCUUCGUGAGUUUGAGGUACUGCCAAAGCGGAGGAGGAGGAAGAGGAAUAAGGAGAGGAGCCGAGACCUGAAAGCUGGGACACACGUGACUCUUCCUCAGCAACCUCAAGGAGAUGAAGCCUUCUCACAGUCUGCCCAGGCACACACGGCCCCUUUGGGGCCUUCCCUGGAUGAGGCCAAGACCCCUGAUCAGUCAGAGCUCUGGGACAUGCUUCUAGCUGCUUGCCGAGCCGGAGACGUUGGGAUGUUGAAACUCCAGCUAGCUGCUGGCCCCAGAGACCCUGGAGUUCUGUCUCUGCUCAGUGCCCCCUGGGGCUCCAGUGGCUUCACCCUCCUGCAUGCAGCAGCUGCAGCUGGGAGAGGCUCAGUAGUUCGCCUGCUGCUGGAGGCAGGUGCCGACCCUACCGUGCAGGACUCCCGGGCCCGGCCACCAUAUACGGUUGCAGCUGACAGGUCAACGCGAAAUGAGUUCCGAAGGUUCAUGGAGAAGAAUCCAGAUGCUUACGAUUACAGCAAGGCUCAGGUGCCAGGGCCGCUGACGCCCGAAAUGGAGGCACGGCAGGCUAUGCGGAAAAGGGAGCAGAAGGCUGCCCGGCGGCAACGGGGGGAACAGCAGCGGAAGCAGCGGGAGCAGGAGGAGAGGGAGCAGGAAGAGCAGCAGCGCUUUGCCGCCCUCAGUGAUCGUGAGAAGAGGGCUCUGGCCGCAGAGCAGCGGUUAGCUGCCCAGCUGGGCGUCCCCACCCUGCGGACCCCCGGCUCUGUGGACCGCAGUGCUCCACGCUGCUGGAGUUGUGGGACAUCCCUCCAGGGCCUCACUCCCUUUCACUAUCUCGACUUCUCUUUCUGCUCCACACGUUGCCUUCGGGACCACCGCUGCCAGGCCGCCAAGCCCUCUUCCUGAUCUCUCACGGCUGCACCUGGAGCCAGCUCGGCCCUGAGAAGCUACAUUCACACCAGCCCUAGGUUUCUUCUUUCCCAUGAAAGUGGAGUAUUCAGAAGAUUAGGAAGGACACUCAGGAACCCGGGCAAAGACAGGGCCACAGAGGAGUGUGGAGCUGGGACUGUCUCUGGAAUUUUAAUCACAAUAAAGUUUGGCAAGGAAGCUGCA